AUUUUUAGGCUAAUGCAGCGAGCAUAUCCUAUUUAUAUUUACUGAUGAAAUCUGGUGACCACGCUUUCAUGUCAACCUCCUCGGCUUGCUGUGGCCACAGACUAACAAGGCAACAAUAUUUGAGAUACGGAUAGAUGCCACAGAGCAGGAGCGAUCAGCGUACACGUAGACGUAGGUUCCUUCCGCACUUCCUGCCACCGUACUGCGUUCAACUGUGGUGCACGCAUGAGAUCUGGAAACUUUUGCUUUGUGUUAAGGUUUGAGUAGGGCCGUGGAGAAGGGGAAAGCAGAUAGAGUUGGGAACAGGAAGAAGAGGCAGGAAGACGGCGAGUAUUAUAUUUCUUCUCCAAAUUCUUGUUAUCCGGUUAUUACAAUCUCAACGUAUUUAUGGGACGCAGCCCAAGCUCAUUCGGCCCACUCCGGCCCAUGAACGCGUGUGUAUGGAUGCCGAAUUCGAACUUCACGCGCCUUGUCCUCCUAUGCUCCCGCCGUUUCUUCAGUGUCGUUCGCCGAACUGCUGAAACUUUGUCUGCAAUUAAAAAAGGCACCGUGUUGGCUACAUCCACAUUUCCUCGUUGGUUUGCUGAUGUCUUUGCGUUUGGAUCAGUGCCUCUGAGGACGUAUCUCCCCGAUGGCGACGUUGAUAUAACUGUACUGGGGAACACAUGGUUAAACAGUACAUUCAUCGAUGAUGUCCGCAGCAUGCUCCAGUCGGAGCAGGAAAACUGUGACGCCGAGUUCAAACUCACAGGCUUGCAGUUCAUCAACGCUGAGGUUAAGCUUAUAAAAUGUGUUAUCGAGAACAUUAUAGUGGAUGUCUCUUUCAACCAGAUUGGAGGGGUGUCCACGUUCUGCUUUCUUGAGCUGGUUGACCGUCAGAUUGGGCAGAACCAUUUGUUCAAAAGGAGCAUUAUGUUAAUAAAGGCCUGGUGCUACCAUGAAAGUCGCAUAUUAGGAGCACACCAUGGACUGAUAUCUACUUAUGCCUUGGAAACACUUGUUCUUUACAUAUUCAAUAUGUUCCACAAGUCUCUGCAUGGUCCUCUUGAGGCACUUUAUAGGUUUUUGGAAUAUUUUAGCAAGUUUGACUGGGAUCGGUAUGGCAUUAGCUUAAAUGGUCAGGUUGAUUUGUCAUCAUUAACUGUGGAACCUACAGAUGUACAAGGCGAAUCAUUGCUUGGCAAAGAAUUGCAACAAGGCUAUUUGGAUAGGCUUGUUGUAAUUCCAAAUGAGUUUGACGGAUGUGGCACACAAUUUCGCCAGAAGUUUUUAAACAUAAUCGAUCCACUCAAGGCGAAUAAUAACCUCGGCAGAAGUGUCAGCAAAGCAAACUUUUAUCGCAUACGGAGUGCUUUCUCAUUUGGAGCACAGAAGCUUGGUCAAAUUCUCCUGUUACCAUCAGAGUACAUUCGUGAUGAGAUUUAUGGAUUUUUCGCAAACACACUGAAGAGACACGGAAAUGGUGAAAGACCAGACGUUGACACUUGUAGUUCAUUCCAUCCCUCUCGUGGUCCCGAGAGUGCGCUUACUGAAGACGGAUCGAAGUUUAAAUUUUGUUGCAUGAAUGAGGGUGAAAACGGAAGUUCAUGUCAAUGCCAUUCAUCGAAACUGCCUGACAAGGAUUCGAGUGUGACAGAUGCGCAUAAAAAUUCAGGUAAGUAUUUGCCUGGUCUUGUUCAGGAUAUUUCUUGGAACAAAAUCUGGUUCAUGGAAUAUGCAUCUGAUUUCAAAGAACAUACAUCAACUUUAGCAAGCUUAAGCAGCCACUCACCCUGUUCUCAAGAUAAUAGUAAUGGAAGCAGUGAUGAGUGCUUCGAGAAUUAUGCAGCAGAGGAAGAUUUACACCAGAAUGUGCCGCAGCAGAUUUAUCCAGAGCAUCCAUCACAUAUAUUGACAAACUCGACUAGUGCAAAUAUCUUGGAUUUUUCCAGUUCUUGUUUUGGUGAUGAGUCAGAUUGGACUGCUCCCCGCGCAGGAAAAAAGCUACUCCCACCCUUCUUGCUGUCAAAUAUGCUGGAUCUCUCAGGUGAUCUGGAGUUGCACUUAGGGUGCCUUCGCAAAGUUCAGUACCACCUGGAGUCAUUGUUUGAUGAACUCCUGCAGGCUGUUGAAGAAGCAUGUUUAGCUGAUGUGCUAGAUGAGGAUUCUUUCAAGAUGUCGGACAUUAUCUUGAAGUUGAAAACUAGCACUAGAUCCUCAAGCCUGUCACUAGUUUCAUCUACUGAUAGCGAGAGAAGGAAACUAUCUCAUGUGUAUUGUUCCCAUAGCACAGGAGACGAUUUACAACUAUCACAUGCUGAGGUUCAAGUGGAUAUGGUUUGGCAGCAGAAUGUGCCAUUGUCCCCCAACGGAUCAACAUUUACUCCAUCUCCUUCAAACAAUUCAGAUAACUAUCAUGUUUCUUGGUUUUGUUUCUCUCCUACAUCGCAUGGAACUGGCACAUACAUUCCCAACAUGAGUUAUCAUACAUACAGGGAACGUAUGAUGCUUGAAAGAGAAACCAUACGAGCAAGAAAACAACGACAGAGGUUUCCUGAUCGUCGGUAUUACUCAGCUGAGCAAGGAUUUGCCGAUUCACAAACUGAAGACAGCGUAGCUCAAAGUGGAACAAAUCAAUCGCCGACUAAGCAAAACAGUGCACAACAGAGUGGUUAUUCGAGCAAGAGCUCAAUUUCGGAUGGAGAUUUUGUUCGUUUCAAGGAGCAUGUUGCAACAAAUGGUGGAACCAAACAGGCAGUAGGAAGAGAUUUUGUUGAGAAGGGAAGACACACAACGCCACCAUCAUCUCCGCCAAUGACAGUACUUUUACAAAAUGGACAAGGAAAACCUACCUGUCAGCCUUCCUCACCUGUCACAGCAGAUUUGUUCAAUGCGGCGAAAAGUUUGGAGUUCGGAUCCUUGGGGCCAUUCUCAUUGGGACUUCCCUCAACCUCGACACAGUUUGAGGAAGAAUUCCCAGCGCUUCCUACUAGAAAGAGAGCCGAAGGCCCCAUUUCAGUGGCGCCCAGCGCUAAGGCUGUUGAAACCAAAAGCAGGUCAGAAGAGAGUGAAGAGAUGUUCCGACUGAGAAAUGAAUCUGAUUUCCCUCCCCUCCAAGCUGGCUGCCGCUGAGACUGACAGGACGUCGAGAUAAUCCAUGCUAAUCGUAGUGGUAGAAGUUAAUGACGGGACGAGGCUCGGAGAUACAGCAGGAUGUCGGAUAGGUGCCCCGGCAGGAUUUUCGUCCGACAGUGUAGCAAGUUUGGAUGCUUGGCUACUCACCUUUGUGAUGUGGUGGCAAUGUGGUGUCGUGUAAAACAAUAAUAAUCCUCAUCUCACCUUUAUUUCAUUUUAUUAGAUGAAUCCUUAGAUAAACAACACCCAGAAGUCGGAGUGAGCAAUAUAGUUUCGUCUUUAGCAUAGACAGUCCAAAAAAAUUGGAUAGGGGAAGUAGAAAAUGUUCCCCAAAAAAGGAAUCGUGAUUCUGUAGAUUUUUUUAAGCUUUUGAUUUAAAAAUAGAGAAAUGAAGAAAAGGCAUUUAGGUGCAGUUGUUUGUUGUA